UCAAUUAAACACAUGUUUGUUUACAUUUGCUUUCAUUUUCAUCAGUUCAUGUCGAGGCUUUAUGUAGACAAGGAAAAAUGAAUAAUUUUAGAGAAAAGUGUGAGGAAGUAGCUAGAAAACUUCAGGAUUAUUACAAAACAGAGGAUGGUUGGACAGUCGCUAAGAAAACGAAAGAUGGUGCUACUAUUUCAUACAGAACAUCAAAUGAAUUUGAUGGUUAUUUGUACAAAGGUGAAUGUAUGAUAGAUGCCCCACCAGCAACUGUGUUCCACUUUGUUGAUCCCUUACCUGAUGGACCAAGAGGAAAAUGGGAUUCGGACAUGAAAAAAAUUGAAGUCAUAGAUUGGUUGGAAGAGCCGGAACUCCGUGUGAACCGGGCUUGCACAGCCAGCGCUUGUAUGGGUCUUAUAUCACCACGAGAUUUCGUUGAUAUUAUUCUUACAAAAGAAACAGAUUCUUAUAUAUCCACAAAUGGUGUCAGUGUAACUUAUGAGAAAUGUCCCGAGGAAAAGAAAUUUGUACGAGGAUUCAACCAUCCAUGUGGUCUUAUAUGUGAAAAAAUACCAGGAGAGCCUAACAGAACAAAGCUAGUCAGUUUAAUCCAGCCUGACCUGGGGGGCAUGUUACCACGGAGCCUUGUAGACCAAGCCAUACCCGGCUCCAUGGCGGCAUUUUUCACAGAACUUAAGAGUGCAUUAAAGAAAAACGGAGCUGCAAAUAGUUGAGAAAUCCAUCACAUAGGUCUAAAGGGAAUAAUCAAUAAAAACAAACAAAAUCUACAUUAAAUGUACAUGUAUAUUAAGUAUUGUGUAAUGGUAUACUGUGAUUGUGUAUUGCCUGAAAAAGAUUUUCUGUGAAAGUUUUUUUUUUUACAGUAAUAGUACAUACGGUAAUGACACUAUGCCUAAAAAUAAAAUUGGACUUUGUAAUUUUGUAAUUUUAAAGAUCAAUAAAAUAAACAAACGAAGAUUUCAAUUUUUUUUAGUUAAAUCUGGCUAUAUCUCAUUACCACUUGAGCGAGAUCUCAAUCUUUGAUGUGUAGAUGCUUUAUUAUACACAUUAUUUUUAAUAAGCUUCUAUGUGAUUAAGUUAUUGAUGAAGGAGUCACAUGAUUUGUUAAUGUGAAAAAACUACCAGUAAUUGUUCUAUUUAUUAUCAUGAUUAUGUUACCUGUUGUUUAACGAUGUGUAAUUUGAUAUAUUGAAAUUCUGUAAAAUAAAAAAGUGUUUUAAAUAAUG